GACAAUGCAGUUUAUUCAGAUCAUGGCACGAGCAGCGGGCGCAAGAACGGGAAUGCAGCAGCGUAUUUCUCCUGUGUAGAAGAACAAGCUGUAAAUGCUGUAGUCCCGCCUGACAAACAAGUCCCCCUCCUGUCCCACGAGCGAGCGGUUGCAAGGAAUUUGAAGAAAGCCUUGUUGCAGAUCGGGGAGACGAGGCUAAAGCACUGGUUUGAAAGAGCUUCUACUCGUGUUACUGCAGCUUCACCACGCAAAACAGAAUCAGAAACUGAAGGUGGUUCAUUCCACCACGACGCAAUGUUGAAGCAAGUACCAACACCUACUGCGAGAAGCAGCCGAGCGAGCAGCUCAAGCCUCCUGGAAAUCCGGCAAGUCAAAGCCGGACCGUGGACCUUGCGGAUGUGCGUGGGUCGAUUCCUUGUUGUGGAGGCGAUCGGUGUGAGUGAUGUUUUCCUCACUGCUACUGGCGGGGCCGGGGGCGGCGGUGGAUCUUCUUCGUUCGGUAACGUACGCUGCGCGAAAAGUAGAGGACAUCAAACCGCAUUUCACAAGGAAGACACCUAUAAUAGUAGUACCCAAGAUUAUGUCCUGCGCGGGUUCACCCGCGCGCGGCAUGAAGCAAUAAGAAAUUUAGGAUUUAGGAUCCUCAUCAUCGACACCCUCGCGGAUAGCUGGAAGUUGCUAAAGACGGAUACUGAGCGAGUAGAUUUUGUGAAGCGCAUGGUGAAGCAAUGCUUGAUAGCCUGAUAGCCCGACCUCGAGCUUCUUUCCUACCUCUCUCCUGCAUCUUUUGUCUUGCAUUCAUCUUUUCACGAGCGCGCAAUGAAAAAGACAAG